CGUCGUCUCCUUUUUUUGUUGUUGCGCACGCAGUUACCUUCAACGUCGUUUCUAGCACGGUGCUAAAUCGAAUGUGCUUGUAUAUAUUUUUCCAUGAAGUAAAUGCUCAAAUAUUUCUAACGCCGAAACACUAACAAGCAGCGAUGUCCCUUUAUGAUGACCUCGGUGUGGGUGCCAGUGACACCAAAACCGAAGGCUGGUCCAAGAACUUCAAACUGUUGCAGUCCCAGCUGAAAGUGAAGAAAGCGGCUCUGACACAGGCCAAGACACAGCGGGUGAAGCAGGCCACUGUCCUGGCUCCUGUUAUUGAUCUGAAGAGAGGAGGCUCCAGCGAUGAUCGACAGGUCAUAGACACUCCUCCACAUGCUGCUGCUGGAUUGAAGGAUGCAGCGCCCAUUGGGUUCUCAUCCGGUGAUGUGCUAAUCCCGCUGGCAGAUGAGUAUGACCCCAUGUUUCCCAAUGACUAUGAGAAGGUGGUGAAACGACACCGUGAAGAACGGCAGCGGCAGAGAGAGCAGGAGCGGCAGAAGGAGAUUGAGGAGAGAGAAAAGAAGAGGAAGGAUAGGCACGAGGGUGGAACGCCAAGUGGUUUCUCUCGCAUUCCAACAGCAGAGGGCGAGUCGGAUGAUGAAGAGGAGUAUGAGAAAGAGCGUCGGAAACGAAGUAUGGGCGGAGCAGCCAUCGCUCCUCCUUCAUCCCUUGUGGACAGAGAUGUCGGCUCGUCGUCUUAUUCAUAUGAGGAUGAGGGUCGUCCUGCCAGAGGCUCCAAAGCAGCCAUUCCUCCCCCCAUAUAUGAGGAUACAGACCGGUCACGCUCUCCGCCUUUGCCAGCGAGCUCCUUCCUAGCCAACAUGGGAGGUACAGUGGCCCAUAAGAUCAUGCAGAAGUACGGCUUCAGAGAAGGCCAGGGCCUGGGGAAGCACGAGCAGGGUCUGAGCACGGCGCUGUCUGUGGAGAAGACCAGCAAGAGAGGCGGGAAGAUCAUUAUCGGUGACGCCGCUGAAAAACCCGGAUCGAGCCACGCAGCUGCUGCCGAGCUGCCCGGAGUACUCUCUGCAGUGGACUCUAAGAAGUCAGAGGCCAACCCGCUCACGGAAAUCCUCAACCCGACUAAAGUGGUUCUGCUCAGGAACAUGGUGGGUCGAGGAGAGGUGGAUGAAGACCUGGAGGGAGAGACAAAAGAAGAGUGUGAGAAAUACGGCAAAGUGGUUAAAUGUGUCAUAUUUGAGAUUGCAGAGGUGCCUGAUGAAGAAGCAGUCAGGAUAUUUCUGGAGUUUGAGAGGGUGGAGUCAGCCAUCAAAGCUGUGGUUGAUCUGAAUGGACGUUACUUUGGUGGGCGAGUUGUCAAGGCCUGCUUCUACAAUUUGGACAAGUUUCGGAUUUUGGACCUUGGUGAACAAGUGUGAUGUCUGGAAAAUAGAACAAAGAACAUUUAUCAUUUUCUCUUCUGUAUAUAAACCCCCUUUUUUAUAUUCCUGAGUAGAAGUGAUGUUUCUGUGUGUAGUACAAUGCAUUGUACUGUGCUUUAAAAACAGUACUCCAAGACAAAAUAAAUGAUUUAAACAAUG